AGUUUUCACCGCGUCUUCGGAGGUCGCAGGAGCAGCGGCUUUGCAGCGGCUCAGGAUAAGCCGAGCGGCAUUGCUAGUGUUAGGUGGGGGAAUGUGUUGACUUGAUGCCCACCUACCGCGGCUGCUCGACAGACGGCAUUGUUAAUUUGGCUUGCUUCACAGAUCGCAGAGCUAACAGCCAUCGCAGAUCCUGCUAGCUACAGUAUCAGUCAAUCGAUCUUGGCCUCUUGGGAGAAGAAGAAAAAGGGAAGCUAAUAACCAUGGCGGCGGCGGAGGGGGUGAGCCGGAAGCUGUUCGGGUACGCGCUGUCGUCCAAUUCGGUGCGGAUCGCGGCGCUGCUGAACGAGAAGGGGCUCGACUACGACCUCGUCGCCGUCGACCUCGACAACAAGACCCCCGAGUUCCUCGCCAUCAGCCCCUUCGGCCAGAUCCCGGCGUUCCAGGACGGAGACGACACCCUCUUCGAGUCCCGGGCGAUAAGCAGGCACAUCGCGACCAAGUACAGGACCUCGGGCCCGGACCUGCUCCCGACGCCGUCGGCGAAGCUGGAGGUGUGGCUGGAGGUGGAGUCGCAGCACUUCUACCCGGCCGUGGCGGACCUGGUGUACGAGCUCCGCGUCAGGCCGAGGCUGCCGGGCGGCGGCGGCGCGCCGGAGCCCGGCAAGGUGGGCGAGCUCGCACGCAAGGUGGCCGCCGUGCUCGACAUCUACGACGCCCACCUUGCUGACAACAAGUACCUUGCUGGUGACCAGUUCACGCUGGCCGACGUGAACCACAUGGCGCAGCUGUUCGUGAUGAGCCUGACGCCCAGGGCGGCGGAGCUCGUCGCGGCCAGGGAGCACGUGAAGGCGUGGUGGGACGAGAUCUCUGCCAGGCCCGCGUGGAAGAAGACCGUCGCCGCUCUCCCGCUCCCGCCGGCUUGAAUUGACCGAGGCCUAAGUGCCGGCGGCGACUACUCCGUCGAUCGUGCCUUUGUUACUAGCUGCGGAAUAAAAUUCGGAUGGUCUGUGUGCAGAGCAACUGAAUCUGGAGUUCAGAAGGAUGUUCAAUCCGUGGUGUUUUAGGAGUACAGAACAAAAACAGAAUAUGGACAUCUGUUGUGCUGAUGCCGACACACUGUUGUGCUAAGGAAAUGUGUGCUGCGUCCUGCGUGGGAACUAUUUUCUGAACACACUUCAUUGAAAACUAGAAAAACAAAUUGAUUGAACAACUUCUCA